AUGUUGGCGAAGUACAGCGCGACGUGGAAUCGCAUCCCCUGGGGUGUGGUUCUGAUUUUCUUUUCUUUCGUCGUUUUUCUGCAUCUUGUGCUUCAUGAAUUUAGUCCUUGGGAGAGAGAUUUGGUUAAGGCGCAAUUGAUCAGUGGAAACGGUUCGGUUUUGCCAGCGGAAACAACGACGGAUUAUGAAGGAUUGGGAAAUGUUGGUGCUGCGACGGAUGGAGAUGGAGAUGCCCCAAUAACAGACGAGCCAGAAGCUGAUGCCCACGAUGAUCCAACGGGAAUGGGGAAUCCAGCCAUGUAUCCAGAAGACUCCAGCGAAGAAUAUGUUGCCAUCUGCAUGGCAGUCAAAGACCAAGUGCCAGAUUUAUCAGAAGUACUUCUGCAUCACUAUCACCAUCUAGGAAUUCGGAGGUUCUAUUUGAUGGACGACGGAUCGGAACCACCUCUUUCAACUUACGAAGACUGGAGCAUCCCUCGCGAGCAUAUAACAUUCCAUUAUUACAAUCGAACGACCGAUCACGUCCCGAACAUGCAGGAUACCGUUUAUAACGAAUGCAUCAAUUUGUACAGGAAGAAACAUACUUGGAUGGCGUUUUUGGACGCAGACGAGAUGCUAGAAGUGACAGCUGAGGAAACCCUGAAAGAGUUGCUGCAGAGACUGGAAAAGAAUCGAAGUAUUGGAGCACUAGCUGUUAGCUGGAUGACCCACACAUCAAACGGCCUCCUCGAACGUCCCUCCUCAGCCCGCAAAGGCUUCACAGACUGCAUCUGGGACGGCAACCCCACGCACAACGGCAUGUACAAAUCGAUUGUCAAAACCGAGAUGCACGACGGGGCGUCCGGCGUCCACGGCGCACGACUCCUCGGAAACACAAAAACAGUUGGGGAAGACGGAUUCGAGGUUUCCGGCGGAAGAAGGACGCCGACGAGAGAUCGGAUAGCGUUGCAUCAUUAUGCGGUCAAGAGUCGACAAGAAUAUAUUGAGAAGAUGCAGAGGAGUAAUGCGAUGGAUCAGCCGAAGCCGUGGAGUUUUUGGGAUGAGGUUGAGGCUCAAGGGGGGGUUCCUUGUCCUCAGAUGGCGAUGUAUGAGCCUUGA